AUGGCCGAUCUACGCGCCCUUGGUAAGAGUGAACGACGUGUGUUGAAUACGUUGGAAGGAUUGGAGAAUUUCGCGCGGAGAUACGAUCCCAGCCAGGACGAACCACAAAUUGCAGUGCGCCUGGAAUCCCUGGAGGCAAUCUGCAAGGAGUUUUACGCGAUUCGGCAACGAAUUGAGCUGCUAACGGACGAAACCGCUGACGAUGAGGACGACAAGGAUGUACGAUUGCGCGAAAAGGCCAAUCUGGCGGCACUUACCGAGUUCGAGGAGCGGUAUUUUCGUCUGAAGGCCAGUCUCACAUCGAAGCGAGCUACCCCACUACCAACCGCGACGGCAUCCGGAAUCGGUCAACCUGGUGACCGGUCAGAUUCCUCUUUUUCAAAGGUGAAGCUGCCAGAAAUUCGCCUUCCGUCGUUCGGUGGGAGGAUUAUGGAGUGGGUCCCGUUUCGAGACAGCUUUUGCAGCCUGAUCCAUGAGAACAAGCAACUCAACGACAUGGACAGGUUCAGCUAUUUGAAGUCGGCUCUUUCUGGAGAAGCGUUGCAAGAGAUCGAGUCUGUGGAGCUUUCAGCUGCAAACUACAGCGUGGCGUGGAAGGCGCUGGAAUCCCGCUACGAGAACAAAAAACUCAUAGUGAAGGCCCACCUCGAUGCUCUGUUUGCCGUGGAAGGCAUGAAGCGCGAAAGUUACGACGGCUUGAGCAACCUCAUCAGCGGGUUCGAGAAAAACCUCCAGAUGCUGCAGAAGAUUGGAGAAGACACCGCUGCGUGGAGCACAGUUCUGGCUUACAUGGUGUAUUCCCGGCUGGAUCCUGCCACGCUACGGCAGUGGGAAACGCACCACAACUCCAAGGACGUGCCAACGUACCAGAACAUGAUCGCUUUUCUUCGCAGCCAUUGUGCAGUACUGCAAUCCGUCGCUCCCGUGAGUUCGAAGCCGAGCGGUUCCGACUAUCGCUCAUCUAAGCCAUCCGUGUGCCAUACCACCGUCAAACCGUCAAGGAAGUGCCCAUUCUGUGGAGAUUCGUGGCAUCCCGCUUUCGUCUGUGGAAAGUUCCAGCGGUUGCAGAUUGCGGAGCGGCUAGAAGUUGUUUCGAAGGCAAGGCUGUGCCGAAACUGUCUCAGCCUUGGCCAUUGGGCCCGAUACUGCGACAAGGGAACCUGUCGUCACUGCCAGCAGAAGCACCACACUCUUCUGCAUGGAGCACCAAUCCGAUCCUCCGUUCCACAAUCGCAGUCAAACCCUCCGACACAAACCAGACAACAGCCACUAUCCUCGCAACCAAGACCAAACCCGAGACCACAGACAUCAAACGCUAGCAACACUACACCCAGCAACUCUCAACGACCUAGCACUCAGUCACCAGCCACCAACACUGCCACAUCCACCACUCAAACACACAUUGCACUUCCAGUUACUCCCACACACAACAUUCUGCUCUCCACCGCCCUUGCGAGGGUCCAAGAUCGUCACGGCAAUACUAUGCUAGCACGAGCCCUGCUGGAUUCGUGUUCCCAGCACUGCCUGAUGACGAAAGAGUUCUCCAGCAGAAUGCAUUUCCACGCGUCGCCAUCACUUCUCUCCGUUCAAGGGAUCGGUUCGUCGAUCAGCACUUCGACGAAACUCGUCAGCGCUGUAGUUCGGCCAAGGUUGGAGGACAUGUCGGCUUUCUCGCAAGAGAUGCAUUUCAACGUUCUCCCGCGGCUGACUGUUUCGCUACCGACAGCCAGUUGUAGCAUCAGCGAAUGGAACCUUCCCGAAGCAGCCUUCCUCGCCGAUCCGCGUUUCCACGAACCAGGACCGGUAGACAUCAUAAUCGGAGCAGAGUAUUACAUGGACCUGCUUCGAAGCGAGCGACACAAGGCGACUGAAGAUGGACCUACGCUACAGAAUACUGAGUUUGGCUGGAUCGUCUCCGGCAAGAUACCCGAUCACCCUGUCGGUGGAUCGCCAUCCUUGACUUUCGUCUGCUCCACGAACGAUCUUCAAGACCAGCUCACGAAGUUCUGGGACCUAGAAACCUGUCAAAGUCACAGUACAUAG